CUCCCUCGGCCCGGCGAUGCCGUCCAACAAAUCCGUGUCGGACGCCCCCAUCGUGCAGUUCACCAACUGCCGCCUCCUGCGGGGCCGCCGCCUGCAGCGGGAGGAUCUGUGGGUGCGGGAGGGGAAGAUCCUCAACCCCGAGAAACUCUUCUUCGACGAGAAGGGUUCUGCCGACGUCCAGCUGGACUGUAAGGGCUGCAUCCUCGCCCCGGGCUUCAUCGACGUGCAGAUCAACGGAGGCUUUGGGGUGGAUUUCUCCCUGGCUACGGAUGAUUUCAGAUCAGGGAUUGACCUGGUCGGUCAGAAAAUACUCUCCCAUGGAGUGACCUCCUUCUGUCCCACCCUGGUGACAUCCCCUCCAUCUGUGUACCACCAGAUUCUUCCCCAGAUCAGUGUAAGAAAUGGUGGAGCUCACGGAGCUGGUAUCCUGGGGGCUCACCUGGAAGGACCAUUCAUCAGCAAGGAGAAAAAGGGGGCACACCCAGAGCACUGCAUCCGCACCUUCGAGGAAAAUGCCUUCCAGGACUUGCUUGCCACCUACGGGUCCCUGGACUGCAUCCGCAUUGUCACCUUGGCCCCAGAGAUAAAGAGGAGCAACGAGGUGAUCCAGGAACUCACCAAGCGAGGCAUCUGUGUCUCACUCGGUCACUCAGUGGCUAACCUCUCCCAGGCUGAGGAGGCUGUGCAGCACGGUGCUACCUUCAUCACUCACCUCUUCAAUGCCAUGCUGCCGUUCCACCAUCGUGACCCUGGGAUCGUGGGGCUGCUGACAAGUGAUAAGAUUCCUGCUGGGCGGAGGGUCUUCUACGGCAUGAUCUCUGAUGGCAUCCACACCAACCCUGCUGCCCUGCGGAUCGCCCAUCGAGCCCACCCCAAAGGCAUGGUGCUGGUGACGGAUGCUAUUGCUGGCAUGGGGCUGGCACCAGGUCGGCAUACACUGGGCCAGCAGGUGGUGGAGAUCGAUGGCCUCAACACCUACAUUGCAGGCACAAAGACCCUGAGUGGUAGUGUGGCAACCAUGGACACUUGUGUGCGACACUUUCUGGAAGCUACAGGGUGCUCAGUGGAGACUGCGCUGGAGGCAGCAUCUCUGCAUCCUGCCCAGCUCUUGGGGAUUGAAGACAGAAAGGGGACCCUGAAUUAUGAUUCUGAUGCAGAUUUCCUGAUGCUGGAUGAUAGCCUGCAUGUGCAAGCCACGUACAUCGCGGGCGAGGAAGUCUGGAGACGGGAUGCCUUAGGAGCCUCAUACCAAAGAGCUGUGUUUUCCAGCGCAACCACUGCUUCCAGUUACAGCCAUGCCUGCAAUGACUCUGUUGGUGCUCAGUUGGUGGAGUGGGGAGAACAAGCAAAUCAGGAGGGAUUGUCAGUCUGUGGAGAGACCUGAAAGACUGCACAGCUGUCCUGUGUGGAGUCCGCAGACAGGUGCUCACGUGUUCAUCUCACAGCGGUGUGAAGCUGUUUGCACUGUUUAUGCAGCACACAACCUGCCUGUGCCUAAGGCAGACUCAAGCCAUAUCCAUCCCUCUCUUUGCUGCCUUGCUCCUGGGCAGCUGUAGCUGGCAGGAUGUCAGCAGCCACCAGUUCAGCUCGCAGCUCUUCCCAUUACAAAGUUCCUGUUGUAUCGGUGGAAGCUGAGGACCACAUUCUGACCGACCGGCCCUCCCUCUUGUGUUCCCUGGAGCAAGGCUGGUGCAGCUCACUGACUUGGUGCCAUUGUGGGGCUGUGAAUCGGUGUGGGCUGAAUCCUCAGGGCAGAGAUCAAACCCAGGAAAACGAGGCGUUGCUGGUCCUUUGUGCCUUCUUCUCUGCAUGGGCGUGGAGCCCACAGCAUAUGAUUUUGUCUGCAGACAGAGAUGCUGUCGUGCCCUGGAAAUCAACAUUUCUCUCAGCUCUGCGUGCCGCCUGGCUGGGUUCUGCAGGCUCAGGACAGCCCCCGCCUCCUCCAGCCCUGGGAGGAGGAGGACACUUGCUUCAGGGGUGCAUCCAGAUGGGCAGUGGGCAGCUCACAGCUGGAGGGAGAGAGAGCCCCGUGGCUCCUAAGGGAGAACUGCAGCCACCUUCUGGCCUUUCAAGGCCGUUGCUGAUAGCUCAUUAAUCUUCUGCUCAUUAUUGUCUUCUUCCGUAUUUGGCUGUCAGCUCUUUCCCUGACAUUUGGGCAUUUCGAGCCAGGACUGACGCCGUUCCGGAGCCUCCCGCCGUCAGCGGGGCCUCGUGCCGCGUCCUGCCUGCCGCCCAGCCGCCAGCCUCGCGUACAUCACGCCU